AAGUGACAGAGUCAUCUGAUCGCCGCCGUGGAGGCAGGCUCGGCCUGGCUGAAGGUGUCCCAGCUGGGCGCAUGGAAGGUAGAGGAGGACAGCUACAUGGAAGCCGAUCAGCCCAUGGCAAAUGGUGGACAAAAAUGGGACGGCCAUGGCGGACUAGGUGGUCACAACGACGCCGGACAAGCAUGUCACGAACACGGACAUGUCCUUGGCGUCCGCAAAGGACUCGGUGGCCCGCUGCUCAGUGGUCGCCAUGGUCUUGCGCACUGGGUGCGGUCCAUCGUCAACAGCGCCAUGGUCGGCGCUCAUGGCGUAGGCGCCAACAGGGAGGACGCACUGCAGUUAUGUGGGCGAGCUCGCCUAGGACUAACAGGUCGUAGCCGUGGGCGUGCACCUGUGACACGAUGGCAUCCUCAUCUUCCUAUUCAAGGCGCCAAUGGAGAUGGUCUAGAUGUUAACGGCAAUGCGAGUGUAGAUGGUCCUGAGGGAGAUGAACAAGUUGAUGAAGGCAUAGGUGCGAAUGGAGGCGGCGGACUCAGCGACACCGACGAGCAUGUUGAGGUUGAACCCGAGGGAGGCACCAAUGAGGAAGGAAGGCAGAACGGAGAAGCCACUGGUGCCAACAGUACAUUGAGGAGGAGAAGAAGGUGGUAUCGACUUUAUGAGAAGCAAACUGCCUACACAAUGCUUCUAGAGAGGACAGCUCCUGGUGUAUUGAGUCGAGGAGUGUCCGAAGAAGUGUCUGUACUAAUGGGCAUACCUGUGGGGACAUUGCAGAAGUGGUGAAAGAAAUGCAAGGAUGUCAGUGGAAUGCACGGACUGGAAAACAAAAAGUCAAGAAACUGUGGGCGGACGAGGAUAGCCUUCGAUCCGGAGGUUAUCAAAUAGGUGGACUUGCGGAAAAGAACCACUCUUAAGGAUCUGGCAAAUGAGUUGAACAUGGCGACGAUCACGUUAUGGUGACGUUUGCAGGAGAGCUUGUUGAGGUGUCACACAAAUGCCAUCAAGUCAACAUUAACAGAUGAUAACAAGGUAGGUCGGGUAAUUGCUUGUCAAUGCUUGACGAGCAUACUGACCUGCACGAUGCAAAAUUUAAAGUGAUGUACAAUGUCAUUCAUAUUGAAGAGAAAUGGUUCUACCGCUUGUGCGGUUGCCAGAAUUACUAUUUGGCACCUGGCGAAGAGGAGCCAUAUCAUAGCACCCAAAGCAAAAACUUCAUUGAAAAGGUGAUGUUUUUGGCUGCGGUGGCUCGCCCACGCUUUGAUGCUAACAGCACGGUGAUCUUCGAUGGAAAACUAGGAAUUUGGCCGUUCACAUACAAAGAAGUAGCAAAAAGGAAGAGCAAGAACAGAGAUGCGGGAACC